AUGGGUGGUACUCAACUGUGGAGGUUUCUGCAAACAGUUGUUCCUACUGCGCUUCAUCAAAAUACGGCUCAACUGAAAAAGCAGCCAACUGAUCAUUUGCUUAUGGAUUUGACCAUGUUUAUUCAUCGCUCUAUGAAGGCCGAUAUGGUAGUGGAACGGUCGCUCAACUCUAGCGUUAUUGCUAGCAUCAAAUCACUUGUUCAGAGCUAUAAACCGCGACAGUCUUUAUUCAUUGCUAUAGACGGUGCUGCUCCUAUUGCCAAGCUGCCUGUCCAGAUUCUACGUAGAGCACAGUAUUUUGAUAAAAAUAAGCAUCUAAAGGCACCAUAUGGAAUUAUGAAUAAAGUUCAUCGAUUGGAUCUAAGUCCCGGAUCGGCUUACUAUGGACGUCUAGAACUACUAUUAAAAGAAACAUUUGAUUCUAAUGCCGAGUCUCAAUCAUGGAAUCAGGGUCCUUAUAAGGAGUUCAAGAUCAGUGGCUCGAUCAAUUCUGGUGAAGGCGAAGCCAAGGUCAUGAAGCGUAUUCUAGAACUGCGUGCUACAAAUGCAUUCGACUCUUCUCAAAUUCCUGAAACGUUUACUAUGCUAUCUGGUGAUUCCGACGCCCUGAUGCAUUUAAUGGUUGCUACUCCAGAUAUCGACUGCAUUAUCCAACGUGGAUGGUGGGAUUCUCCAUUAUCAUUUGGUUUUCUGCGAAAACAGCUGGCUUCCAAAUCACCAGCAAAAGAUACAAAUCGAAUCAUGCAUGAUAUUGCAUUUUUGACACUUCUUUUGGGAAACGAUUACUUGGAUAAAAUCCAACACAUCGGACUUGUAAAACUGUUUAACCAGUAUCUUGCCCAGCAAUAUAAAAAAUAUGAUACUGGGGAUAUUGAUGCCAAGAGCGAUGGCCAUCUUGUGAACGUGGAAGAUGAGAGCAUUACGUUUGAUCUUGCAGCCAUCAUGGGUGCUAUAUAUCCCAAGAGCAACAAGCUGCUACCUAGCGACACGCUUCUGACUAGGAAAAAGACUGGACAGGAGUUGCAGCAGACCAAAGACUAUUUCGAAGCAUUGACAUGGAAUUUGGGAUUGCUGAAAGCGGGCGAGUGUCCGGACUACAACUUUAUAUUUAUGCCCAACGAUGUUAUGGAUGCCGAAUACCUUUAUAUAGGACUGACGGACUGGAUUUCCGAAAUAGGAGAGACUCGAUGGAAAACUGAAUGGCCACAGCGUCAAAACAAUGCAUCUACUGCUCGAGAAGCUACCCUACGGUCUCACUUGGAACCCAACCAAUUCAGCAUUGGUCCUUAUUUGCAUUCUAAAUUAGCACCCUUGAUAUCCAAUGCACAUCAUUUCAAACCAAGCGUUGGUGUUUUUCCGAUUAUGCAGGGUAUACAGAAUCUAAAUAUUAUCGACUCAUUCGAAUUACUGAUUAGUGGCAAUGUUAAGACAACAUUGGAGGUGUAUAUGUUGAAUGUGACAUCAGAUCUAGCAUCUACAUCUCUACCUGGAUUCAUAUCAUUUGCAUUUGUCGUGGAAUCAUUUGAUCAAUCUCUUGCAGAAUUUGUUAAUAUAUCCACCAUAGUUCAUACAGGGGGAACUCGAGUGCAUAUCCAAACUCCCAAUGUAGCUGGACCAGCUGAGCAAAUCAUGCUUGCCGUUGGAUUGGGAUUACCUCGUACACUUGAUCAAGGAAGCACACUUGAUCUCAAUGUUCAAAUCUCUAAUGGAGUCAUUAAUGUUUCGCCCAUCAAUUCCACACUAGCCAUGGGUCAUGUUAAUUUUAAUCUAGAUGUCGGCGCUAUCAAUACAAACGGACUUUUUGCAAAAUCACUUAAAAUGCAGACUGGAGCUGGAGCGAUUCAUGCCGUCGCCAAUAUUACGGAUCAUCUUCAUCUUGAGUCAAAUUCUGGAUAUAUACAAAUGGAUGCACGAUUUGUAUCACCACUAGAAUCAAAUGAGCCUGUUCGCAAAGCAAGUAUUAUCGCUGAUGAUGGCUGGAUUCAAGGAUCGCUAUCAUCGUAUUCGACGCUACAUGUACAAAGCCGAGCUGGUCCUAUCACGUUGGAUCUUGAACCCUUAAACAUAUCAACUACGACUUCGAUAAAUGAUGCUGGAGUAACAACUCUCAAUUUUGUGGGAGAUUAUUAUGGUACAUUUAUUGCAAAAACAUCGCUGGGCAAGGUAUCUGUUACAGGCGAGCAUGGUUUCUAUCAGGGUACGUUGGAUACGAAAUGA